AGUUCUCUGGCCCCCUUUCAAAUAACACACAGACGGUUCAAUGAGCUCUUUGUGGGGGGUUAAGGUAUGCAGUGAAAGCGUUUGUGUGUGUGCAUGAGAGGGAGAGAGUUCCCUUGUUCUGUUAGUACCUAGUGGAUUCAUAAGGACUGGGCACAACUCUGGAGGAUCAACUUAAAGGUGUGUGUGUGUGUGAACAGAAUUACAACAGAAAAGGCAGGGAAACAGGAGGAGGAAAGAGAAGAGUGUAAAACAAGAAGAGGACACAAAUCAGAGAGGGGAAAGAAGGGUGAUGCUCAGUGAGUGGUUUUGGUGGGAUCGGCUAUGGUUGCCGAGGCCGGUGAUGUGGGCGGACCUACAGGACAGUGAGGGGCGUGUCUACGCCCGUGCUUCCCAUUUGUACAUCACUCUACCUGUAGCAGUCCUGCUGCUAGGCUUAAGAGCUUUAUAUGAAAGGCUGAUCGCGGUGCCAGUUGCUGAGGCUCUUGGGGUUAAAGACAAAAUUCGCAUGAGAGCGUCACACAACCCCAUACUGGAAAAAUACUACAAAACUCACUCUAAAAAUCCAACACAGGCAGAUAUAAAAGGUGUGUGUAAAAAGUUGGGCUGGUCGGAAAGGCAGGUGGAGCGCUGGUUCCGCAGACGAAGGAACCAAGACAGACCCGGACUACUGAAGAAAUUCAAAGAAGCCAGUUGGCGGUUUGCCUUUUAUCUGUGUUCAUCUUUCGGGGGAGUGCUGGCUUUAUAUGAUAAACCAUGGUUUUAUGAUCUACGAGAAGUGUGGGCAGGAUUUCCCAAACAAUCACUGCUGGACUCUCAGUACUGGUAUUACAUCAUUGAGAUGAGUUUUUAUGGUUCUUUACUGUUCAGUGUGGCUGCAGAUGUAAAACGUAAGGACUUUAAGGAGCAGUUGGUCCAUCACUGGGCCACUCUAACACUGCUGUCCUUCUCCUGGUGUGCCAAUUACAUUCGCAUUGGCACACUGGUCAUGCUGGUACACGACACAUCCGAUGUCCUACUCGAGUCUGCUAAGAUGUUCAACUAUGCUGGAUGGGAGACGACCUGCAACAGUAUCUUUGUGGUGUUCGCUCUGGUCUUCAUGGUAACAAGACUCAUUAUCUUCCCUUUCUGGUUGAUCCACUGUACGUGGGUGUAUCCUCUGGACCAGUUUGAACCCUUUUUCGGCUAUUAUUUCUUUAACGUCAUGCUUGUGGUGCUGCUGUUAUUGCACAUGUUCUGGGCUUCCCUGAUCCUCCGCAUGGUCAAAAAGUUUCUUUUCGGCAAACUGAAGGGUGAUGAGCGCAGCGAUGAAGAAGAGGAUGAGGAGUGUUCUGAGGAAGACUACACACACACCUACACUAAUGGAUCAGUUAACGGACUGUCUAAUGGCCAUUGACACAGGGAGACCUUCCAUAAAUAGCCUUUUGAUGCCAUGCAUGCAUGUAUGUCCACAUUGGACAUGAUUCAUCUGUGAAUUUUUCAUUUUUACAUAGCCUUUCAUAUUAAGGUUUGUAUAUGUACAGAUAUUAUAAAUAAAAUACAAAUUAUUAAUCA